AUGGAAUCUAUGGAAUCCAAGUAUGAGUACGGUACCAUUUUAAAAUUUGAAUUUCCGAUCUAUUUGAUGUUCCCAAUGAUUUCUCCUUUUUUAAAAUUAACUUACAAUUUACAAGAUAUUCGGCUAAAAUCAAGUGCAGUGUUUAGAAAUGCUCCCCACAGUGCUUUGGGUAAACCAGAUACGUCUGGAAUAUCCGCAUGGAAUGGAUCUCGAACUUCCGUCAGUUCACCUGUAGCCAUGAAUGCAGAACAAAGAAAAGAGAUAAUAAAGAAGAGCAUAGAACGUCUAUCUCGACCAAAACAUAGUACUGUUUGUCAAAGAGCAGAGCAACGCAGCAACAGUAAGGGUACGUCACUUUCACCCUACGUAGGGACAAUGAGCUCAAGCCCAACUAUUGUAGAACCAGUGACACCAUUCGAGCCGAUUGAUCCAUCCCGCAUGAUAAUUCCGAAUGCUGAAAAAAGUGGAACUAUUUGUCGUGUGCCCAGGACUAGAAGAGAACUGUCAUCCAGGAUGUCACUGUUUAAAGGCGAAAACGAGGAAACGCCGAAACCACUUCGUAGCAAUCUGUUGAAACGUAUGGGUGAUUACAAGCCAGCGAAAGUUGCCCCGGAGAAGGUCCUCCCUACUCCGGUUCCUAAAGCCGCAGCUACCGAAGUUGCUGCAAGUAUGAGCAAUGCUCCGGCACUAGAUAUGAAUUUGCAUGAUAGUGUUGAUGAGAAUGUCGCAGUACCGCCUCCACCUCCCCCAACUGAAGCGGAUGUCUCCUGCGUUUCUUCACGUGCGCCAGCUGGAAGAAGCGUCGCAUCGGUAUCACCAGUGGAGAUGUUGUCACCAGAUGGUGAGAUGCUCCUGCACGCCACUCGUAGUCUCAGUCUCGAAGAUGUAUCUCCGGCAGGAAAUAACUUAUCCGGCGGAGAUCUCGGUGAAACAGCAAAUGUUUGGCAGCAAAAUAAGCCACAGAAACUACUCGCGGAUAGCGUUUGCUCCUUGAACACUCCUCACAGGGCAGGUCCUGAGCUCACCAAACGGAGAUACUUUUCAGAUUCUAUGGAGGAGAGUGGAACUGCUUUUCCGGAUGCUUCAUUGUCUUCCACGAGUGAAGAGGAUACAGUUAUAGUAAACGAUACUAUAGAAGUCCGACCACACUCACGUGGUCCAAAAAAGGACGAGGUUAUGAUUCUAAAACCUAGGGAAGUUGUCCAUCCUGAUCCUCCGUCGACGCCGAAUGUCCGCAGAUCCACACGUAAUCGCAUGAAACCGGUGCGAGAAUGGCUGGGAGAGAAGCCAGUUUAUGCUGUAUCGCCUGGCGGCAGCAAAACUCUGGUAGGAGUCAACGAAGUAGAGGUGAGGGAGAAACGAUGGCUAAAAGUGAGAACGGCAAACUAUAGGGUCGCACAGCAGAGGGAGAUGCAAUUGGCUGAACAAAAACGUAGAUUACGGGAAAAACGUAAAGAAGAAGCCCGUAAGCGUAAGCUUGUAAAGAUUCGUGAAUUAAAACGACGUCAUAGGCGAGGUGAAGAUUUGGAUACCACCGUGGAUUCGAUUGUAACAAGUAGCGAUGAAGAAGAAGAGGAUAUCGAAGCGAUUAUACACGUUCGCUGA